CAACAACGUUCAGUAUUUUUUGACGUCUGUCGAAAAUUUGUUUAGUGACGUUUCUUGUAAAUAAUUCAAUAUGUUUUAAAAAUGUUAUUGUUAGUAAUUAAUUAAAAUGUGCGAUACAAAUAAUAUUAGCUUGGAAAAAUGUAAUGAAAUGCCUGAAGCAACAGAAGUUAAAAACCAAGAAGUUUUAAACACUAAUUUAAAUGAAAAUGUUUCAAAAUUUUUUGGUAAUCCUGUUUCUGAAUUAAAAAGUAAUGAAAAUACAUUUGAGAUUACCGAUGAGGAAGCAGAUAAUAACCCAAAAAAACUUUUAAUUGAAAAUAAGACUGAAAUAAAUAUAAAACUGAAUGAAACAAUAUGCCUCCAGGAAAAGAUAAUAGAGCAGAAUUCAGAUAACAUUAAACAAUUAACUGAAAAAUGUACCCACCUCGAACAAGUUAAAAAAGAAUUGGAGAAAAAAUUUGACUCUGCAGUUAAAAUAAAAGAAAAUGCUAUGAAGGAAAAAGAGACUACAGUAAUAAGGUAUGCAGUGAGUGAAAAGAAUGUUUUGAAAGAAAAACAACAAAAGGAAGCUGCAGAGAAGAAAUUGAAGGAAAUUCAAAAGGAAAAUGAAAUAUUACAACAUAAAUUACAAUCAAUGAUUUCAGAGAAAUCUAGAAUAUGUCAGAUGUUAGACAAUAAAUGUUAUGAGCAUAAAACAGCUCAACAAGAUUUGGAACGUACAAAAGCAGACCUAACAGCACUUGAAACUAAACUAAAAUGGUCACAAAACAGCUUACAAGGAGAAAUAGAUGCUCACAAGGAAAGCCAGGCAAAAGUAGAAUCUUUAACGGCCAAACUACAAGAAGUAUCUGAUACAAUUGAUUCCUCAAAAAGAGACGCAGAAAAUACUGUAAAGGCUUUUCAUAAUUCACAGGAAAAUAGAGCUAAUGUUUUAGACCAACAAGUAAAAGAACAACACGCUGCUUUAAUCCUCCUAAAACAUGAAAAAACUGACAAAGACAAACAAAUUAGCACCCUGCAGAAAGAGCUUGAAAGAUUGCAGACCAAACAGAGGGAUAUGCUGCAGGAAAACAAUCAUCUAUCUGUUAAAGUCCAGCAAUUGGAAAGAGACCGAUUAGAAACUGAACAGAAGCUGAGUGAUCUUAGAGGUUGUGCUGAUCAACAGAGGCAAGAUGUAGCUGAUUUGCAGGUCAAGUCUUCUCAAUUGGAACAGUUUAAACUGCAGCUGAAACAUGAUCAAGAUCAGUUGGUAGUGUGUAAUGAGCAGAUAUCUUUAAUAAAACAAAGAAAUUCUGAGUUGGAAUCUGACAUGGAAGCGUGUAGGGUUCGCGAAGCUGAAUUAUUGCUUUUUACCCAGCAAUUGACUGACAAGAAUGUGCGAUUGCAAUCAGAAUUUACCACCAUGGAAACAAAAGUACAACAACUAACCUGUGAGCAGACCCUUUUAAAAAGACAGAUAAAAGAGCAGGAAACUAAAGCGGGUAUGUUAUCGGCGAAAUUAUCAGAAGAACGUGUGAAAUUUACAAAAGAAAAUGAAGAUUUAUCAAGAAAGUUAUCCGAAAGCCUAAUAAAUUUGGAAAAUUAUAGACAGGAAGCAGUCGACCAAAAAGGCGAAAACAAUGUUAUAAAAAGAAAAUUUGAGCUUUCCUUUAGGGAGAUUAAUAAGGAAUUACAGCAUUGCCGAAAAAAAAUAGAACACUUUGAAAAUGCAGAAACCACCACAAGCAGUAAUGGAUCCAAUACAUCACUGAAUGUUACAUCUGAUAGACCCACUGAAAUAUUACAUCCAGAACAAGUAAAAGUCAUCCAACCAUCUGAUUCAUCAAACGUUGACAGGCAAGCCCUUAUAGAGCACAUAGUUAAACUGCAAAGAAUAAGUGCGAAGAAGUCAGAAAAAUUGGACUUCUUGGAAGAACAUGUAAAUACUUUAGUUACUGAAUUACAAAAAAAGUCCAAAUUACUUCAGGGUUAUGUUCUGCGGGAGCAGGCUGGCACUUUGACUUCUAAUUCUAUGGAUUCUAAUAAGGCGAAGCUAGCAAAACUAAACGGCGUUAUGGCAUCUGUGUAUAGUUCCAGAGUGGCUGAUGAAAACUUAACCUUAGAACUAUCCCUAGAUAUAAAUAGGAAACUCCAGGCUGUACUAGAAGAUGCACUACUUAAAAAUAUUACUUUAAAGGAAAACGUGGAAACAUUAGGAUUCGAAAUAGAUAGGCUAAAUAAAUUACAAUCUUAAUAUUUGUAGCAUGUUAAAUUUAUGUAUUGUGUUAUUGAUCUCAUUAAUUUUACUCUAUAUUCUAUAAAUUGUAAAAAUAAAACUUAAUUC